AUGAGGCCCGCGCUUUUUUGGAGAAGAACGGGCCAAUCUACCCUGGAGAAGAUCAGUGGGCUGCAGUCAUGCGUGCGGGAGGAUUGCGAGACUGGGUGCAGGUCGGCAACAAGAUCCAUCAUGUGGGGAAGUCGCACGUUGACGAGCAAGGCGGCUACCCCAAGUGGGGUGACGAUGCCUCGGGCAAUCCACCCUACAGCCGCUCUGUGCUCUGGGUCUCAGGGAAGGAAGGCGAAC